AUGAAAAAUGUAAGCUAGCAGUACGUUUGUAAAAAUUGUUGCAUUUGGAUCACGAAUAUGCUGUAGACUGAGAAUCCUCAUCUGAGAGGAAUAAUAAUAAAAAAUGCUUCCGCGUCUCAACAAAAUCAAGAGACCCGGUAAGCGGGCGACAUGUGCCACGACGGGGAUACUAGUAAAAGUGCCGGGAGCUCCUACUGCUUCGUCAAGUUCAUCAAGGUUAAGCUCCAUAGCACGAUCCAGGACGUCGAAAAUACUGGCACAGCUUCGCCAUGCUUCGACUUCUGCGGCAACCGAAGACUCAAGUACUACCGCUCCGACCCUCCCAGUGAUUGAAGCAGUUAAAGAGAAAAGCAAGAAAGCACCGACCUUCUACAACUAUUUGGACCCGUCGCAGAGUGGCUACAUACCAGGAAAAGGAGUGCCUGAGAUUAUGGAUCAUUGGAGUUUUGCAUCUUCAUUCAUCUGCGAGAUGAACAAAUUGUUUCCAUCAACCCGACGACGACGAGUUCAAGUAUGAAUUAGAAUUUACUUAUUCGAAAACUCAAAAUAAGCGAGCUACUGACUGAAAUAGGAGAGGCUUGACUACAUUCCUCUUCUUUCAGUAUCUCCCUUAUUUUCAAUAGUUACUCGGUUAUUUCAGUUUUUCGAAUACUCUGUAACGGGUUCCUAGGUAGUGCAAGUAUCGGGCGAGUACUUCACUCUGUCCUUGAUUUUUGAUUGUAUUCUUUUAUCUUCUUCAAGCGGAACCACGACUCCUCCGCUAGACCACGACUCUUCCGCUAGGCCUUCUAAUCCAAGAAUGGCUCCCCCGAAGGAUCACGUCUACACGCAUAGUUCAGGCCAAGCGUUUGCUGUGAACAGUGGAAUGGGUAUAGCAGACGUCAUUAUGAGGUUAUGAGGGCUACUUUGGCUUCUGAGAGUAUGUGAGGAUGUUGCUUCGUGGAGGCUAUAUGAAGAAAUCAUGUUGCUUCAUUUGGCCAUAUGAGCAGGUCUUGAUGGCUUUAUGUUAUGGGCUAAUGUAGAGAUGUGUGUCCAUAUUGAUUGCGCUUAUGACGAGUCUUGAUGGCUUGUAAGGAUGUAGUUUGCUUUUUUGGAGGUAUUCAUUGGUUUCUGUCCAGUAGAAGUUGUGUAAUUUUGUAUUUCUGGUGGACUAGGUCAUUCUGGCGUCUCUUGCUAUCGAUUCUGCAUGAGGAUGCUGAACCUGAAUUCCGUAGACUGACGAACGUAUCAAGAUGUUGACAGGCGACAGCACAAACAGGCUAUAAUUCUUAUUCUGAUCUUCCUUGAACAUCAAUGUUUCCACCUCUUCAUUCUCCUACCAAUAUGUUCGUGGACGCGACCACAAAAACUAUCCGCAGCAAGCGCCACCAGUUUCUGUUAAGGCCACUCUCUGAGAAGAUAUGGGAUAUGAGGGUAAAGACUAAGUACUCGAAAACUUAAAAUAAGCGAGGAGCUAACUGAAGCUAAAGGGUCACUACGUUGUUCCUCUUUCAGUAUCUCGGUUAUUCAAAGUGGCUUGCUUAUUCCAGUUUUUCGAAUAGAUGAUUGCCACCAGUUUCUGUUCAGGCCACGUCCUGGAGAUGUUCAGGAAGUGGCCUUAACAGAAACUGGUGACUCUCUGUGUUUCUGUUAUGGCCACUCUCUGAGAUAUGAGGGUAAGGACUAAGUAGAUGAUUGCUUCGACUCAGGAGAGACAUGAUUUUUGCUACGACAUUGAAAUGAGUAGUAGAACAACGAAGAGGUACAGGACACUGACUCCGACCCCAAAAACAACAAAUCUAAUCCUCGUGGGCAAAUAAAUCGGGAUAUGCCGAUGCCGUUUAUAGGAGCUUUGAUGCCAGAUCGACCCUCCAGCGUCCUAGAAAGUCCAUGCUACAACCCAAAAAAUGAUCAACCAACCGAGGAAGUGUUGCCGCCUGGUAAUAACUUUAUUUGGUUACAACAUCCAUGUAGAUCGAAGCAAAUGACCUAAGUAGUUGCAUUUUUCAUCUACUUCAAAAAAUGUAGAUUGAAGAAAAUGAUACGACCAUUAAAAUGGAGAAGUUGCCCCAUUUUUCAAUUCAGGAGAGAUUCCAUUUCUUAUUAAUUUUGAGAAGUGAUAGACACAAGUGAUUGGAACGAAGGUGGAAAUAAAAACACCACACCAUUCAUCAUUAAUUUGAUCUACAGCUGCUUCCCCAGAAUACGGAGGAAUGUUUUACAAAGACGAUAAGAGGCACGUCUACUCAGAGUGCUGGACACCACAUGGUGGCACGGUAUUUGGCGGUGAGCGGUUGCGUAGGAGCAUCCUACAUGGCGAAGCUGAGUUGGCUAAGGCUUACUUCUCUAAUUUAUUUCUUCUAUACUCCAUGAUGGGGUCAAUUUCUUCUAUACUCCAUGAGCAUGAAUGGGUACAACACUACUACUGCUGCUGCUACUACUACUACUACUACUUGAGAGGCACCAUCUUCAACGUGCUCUCAAGGGGAAAAGUAAGGUAUAAAGAUGCAUUUCAAGAAGAUGAAUUUAGGCACGCGCUAAUUUGGCAAGGAAAAGCCAUUAUGAGGAAGCCGAACCUACAGGAAGCAUGGUGGACCUCAACACUGUCCUUCAAAGUGCUGGAAAAGCGACUCCUGCUGCGGGUAAUGGGUCAGGUGAAGGUCAAACUACAGCAGCAUCCUCUUCUGCUUCUAGUUCUACAACAACUGAACGACAAGUAGGGGCUCCGGCAUCCACAGGAGUUUCAUCCUCUUCAUCAUCAAGUUUAAGUACAACAAGUAACCCGACCACCAGUACGACGACCACAACUUCAACAAGCACUGGUACAAAUAUAUCUUCGUCCAGCACAAUGAGACAAGGGCUCCUGCAGGGUCAGCCUAUGGUCGGUACAAAAAUGACCUCUGAUCCUGAAGAUCUUCCGCCGCUUCCUGCGUAUAGAGAAGACUUAAUUGACGAAGACUUCGAAGUCGCAGGAGCCACGGGAGCCAUCGUUGCAAGAAAGUUUAAAUUAUGACGUCGUGGCGGAUGCGAUGGAGUUCCAGAGUAGGAAGAUCAUGAUCAUGAUGUCGUGUUAGUCGUGCGCCACAUUAGUUAUUAGAACACCGGUCGUCGCACCUCCACUUCUCCUCCAACCUUCUCUCCUAUGGUAUACUGCUACUCCUCAUGCUCUAACACCUGCCAUCGAGUGGACGGGAGGUGGUAUCGCCGAUGAGCAACCUGAGGUUGCGCCAGGUUGGUACCAGUUUCAGAAUAGGGAAGGAAGAAAAUGGUACCUGCAUCCGUGGUCAGGGAGGAGUCAAUGGAAACAUCCGGUACCAUAAUAUCUCUUGGUUUUACAAUUUUUGAACAAUCAGUCUUUAGCAAGAAUCACCUUUGCCCUCACAAUCGCCUUCGCUGACUUACGGUCUAGUACUGCUAGAUACGAAUGUUGUGCAUCUGCAUCAACUUCAACAUGAACAUGUACAUAAAUCACGACCCACAACAUCACCAGGUAAGCGGCGAAUUGGACACUUCGCCUAUCAGUCGGUGGUAUAUCCGACCGAAGAACCACAAGUAUAAUCUACCAACCGUUCCCUGGUUUGCGAUAUUUCCUAGACAUCCGGUCCAAACGUUGAAUCAAGACAGAAAGAUGAGCUAUUGGCGUGGUCGUAUUCGAGAUUACACUUUCUGCAUGCCGGCUUUUAUUAUGAAGAUAAAAUGUUAAAGUUGAUGAUGAAUAAUGUUUAUGUUGUUGUUGUUGAUCAAAAUUUAAAGAAUUUUGGGCUAAUCAGGUUGUAAUGAUGUCAACAAAUAAGUAUUAUUGUCUAGCAUUAUACAACCAGCUUGAAAUAAAGAGACAGUACCGACCUCAUCUCCUUCCUCUCCGCCCCCCUCGUCCUCUAAAACCCUGUUCUUCUGUCUCUUCUCCCGACACGUUGGUAUGUUCGAAGGCGAUACCUUCAACAACUAUGAGCCGCACUUACCACCUACGCAGCGCGAUCUGAAUUGGGGUGGCUUUGCUGGCAUCAUUCCCAGUGAGAAAUUCGAAAACUGGGUCUAUUCCCUGGCCGGUUUCGGCGAAGUCUCGAGUCCGGGAAGCAUUGACAAAAAUGCAUCAUCAUGGUCUUAUGGCUGUAGAAUGGCCCUUGGCCUUGAUUCUUUGAUAGAGUACUGUAGCUGCGUCGCUAAGGGUACUCGUACUUCUACUAGUGCUUGUUGUAGCUGCGUUGAAGAUUUCGCGCUCCCUGAAGCUAGAGUGCUGGUGGUACACGCUCCUCUCCUGUCUCUUCCCUUCCUCUAACCCUCCCUCUCCGGUCCUAAAGACCGAGACUAUCGAAAGUAUUCUUACGACUGCUCUCAGGAGUCUUUCUGGAACAAGCACCACGUUGACUACGAAACUGGAAAAGUCACCGAACCUCGAAAACGGAUUCUGGGUUAUAUACGGUUGACUGAUGAUUAGAGCGACGAGACUCCCAGCGACGAUCAUAUUGGUGACGAUAAAUUUAGGGAUCUUGAGAACGUCGUGGGGCAGUUUUUACAAAGAUGUAGUUGCUUCAUUCCAGUUUACAACAGUUGUGCUAGUCGGGAGGAGACGUCUGUAAUUACAGGUAGAAUGAGGAGGACACGAGAAGCGUUUCUCAACACUUCUUGGCAGAUAUUGGGACUUCUUGACUUUUUGGAGAUGGAGAUGGAGACUUCUAGCAAGAUUGCCACAAAUCAUACUUAAGUACUCGAGACCAAGGGAAAAACAAACUACUUCAACUUGCUCGACGAUUGCCUUUUUAACGAAAAGAGAGAUUUUUGUACCGUCACGUGUACAGAAAAAGUACCUACUUAAGUUAAGAGCAUGAAGGAGACGCGCGCGAAGCAUGAAGGAGACGCGCGUAAAGCACGAAGGAGACGCGAAGCAUGACCUCAC